CUCCCAGUUGUUGCCUAUUUUAAUCUUCAUUAAAUUUGAAUAAUUGAAUUUCCGUCACAAUUUGGCGAAAUUUACAGAAUUAUAGCUUUAAAAAUAGUUUACAAACCAUAGACCUCCGUACUAUUUAAUUUUUGAGUGGUCUCGCCUGCCCAGUUGUCGACGGUAGACGCAGUAAGGCGUUUUGAAAGAAGUUUCUGAAAAAAGAAGUGGUCUUUAGUUAGUUUUGUUGUAUUACUUCUUAAACUAUCUGGGUUGUUAACUGCUGGCCAUAACUAUGGCUUCCUCUGAUGUUGCUCGGCAGCCGUAUAAAGGUGUCCGACCCCUGUCCCUGGUAGGCCAUGUGGGCUUUGACAGCCUCCCUGAUCAGCUUGUCAACAAGUCCAUCUGUCAGGGCUUCUGCUUCAAUAUUCUCUGCAUCGGUGAAACUGGUAUCGGGAAGUCUACUCUGAUGGACACUCUUUUCAACACUAACUUUGAGAACUUCGUGUCAUCACACUUUGAGCCUCAAGUGAAGCUGCGGGCUCAAACCUAUGACCUACAGGAGAGUAAUGUCCGACUGCGCCUUACCGUGGUCAACACUGUGGGCUUCGGAGACCAAAUGAACAAACAACAAAGCUAUCAGCCAGUAGUGGACUACAUCGACAGGCAGUUUGAGAGUUUUCUACAGGAAGAGCUCAAAAUCAAACGCUCUCUUCACAACUACCAUGACUCACGAGUGCACGUCUGCCUCUAUUUCAUCUCCCCCUCGGGUCAUUCACUCAAAUCCCUGGACCUGGUCACAAUGAAGAAGCUAGACAGCAAGGUGAACAUCAUCCCAGUGAUCGCCAAGGCUGACACCAUCAGUAAGAGCGAGCUGCACAAGUUCAAGAUUAAAAUCAUGAGCGAGCUGGUCAGCAACGGCGUGCAAAUAUAUCAGUUCCCCCUGGAUGAUGAGACUGUCGCCAAGGUCAACACCACGAUGAAUGGUCAUUUGCCAUUUGCUGUGGUAGGCAGCACCGAGGAAGUCUCUGUUGGAAAUAAGAUGGUGAAGGCUCGUCAGUAUCCCUGGGGUGUCGUUCAAGUGGAGAACGAGAGUCACUGUGACUUUGUGAAGCUGAGGGAGAUGUUGAUCUGUAUAAACAUGGAGGACCUGAGAGAGCAGACCCACACUCGCCACUAUGAGCUCUACAGACGCUGCAAACUGGAGGAACUGGGAUUCAAGGACACCAACCCCGAGUGCAAACCCGUCAGCUUGCAGCAGACUUAUGAGGCCAAGCGUCAGGAGUUCCUGGUGGAGCUGCAGAAGAGAGAGGACGAGAUGAGGCAGAUGUUUGUGCAGAGGGUCAAGGAGAAGGAGUCUGAGCUGAAGGAGGCGGAGAGAGAUCUGCAAAGUCGCUUUGAGCAGCUGAAGCGCCUCCAUGCAGAUGAGAAAUCAGCUCUGGAGGAAAAGAAGAGACUCCUGGACGAGGACCAGAGUUCCUUCGGCAAGAGGAGAGCCGCCGCCCAGCUGCUGCAGGCCCAGAGCCUCACCGCCAACGGCAAGAAGGACAAAGACCGCAAGAAUUCUGGCUACAUGUGAAGAUGAUUGGAUCUAAAGAACACUCCAGUAUGACCAGUUUAACCAGUGACAUUGUGGCCUUAUCCUUUCCAUUCCUUUGUGGUCUCAAACACUAACCAUAAAAAACCCACACAAAUCAGCGGUGUGUGAGUUUGUGCCAAAGUUUAAUGUCUGUACCGUUUGUGUCUGUGUGUACACACCUUCCUCCAUGAUAUUUUUAAUCUUCUUUGUGGUUUUAUACCUCUGUAAUAUUUUAUAUUUAUCCUUUCAUUUUUAUACCAAACCUGUAUUUUCAGUCUACUUCCCUGUUUUUUUUGUUCUCAAUUUGCCCAGACUGAGGAACACGGAUCAAAUAAUUUCAAUAUGUAAAACACUAUAUUGAAGGGACAUCUUCACUCGCAUUUAAUCUUUCUGCCAUAUGUCUAUAGUGUAUAAUAAUGGCACACUUAAUGUGCUGUAAUGCAGCCGUAAGACUUUAAUAGUAAGAACACAACAUCUGUGCUAUGCUUGUAGUUAAUUAUUAAGCCCCUUUCAGAUGUGCGCUUCAUGAGGAAAUUCACAUUUUGGUCUCAUUAAUAAAACCUCAGAGAUAAACAAUCGUUUUAUUCUUUUUUCAACGCUGCUGUUUCCCAGUAGUGGGGAGGAAUAUAAUGUGAGCGCUGCCGCUCUGUGUAAAAGUCCCGUCAUAUUUAAACGUCAUUCCAGAAUAAAUACUCCAUGGAGACCUUAUUUAACGGAUGUGCAGAUAAAUCCAGCAAUGUAACAACUCAUGUCUGAAAAGGGCUUAUUGAUUGUUCUGGAGGCCAAUCUAGUGCUUAAACAGUCAUAGUCAUUUUCACAGAGCAUUAUAAUUCUCUAUCCUUUUCUGUAUUGUUUCUGAUUUCUUUUUAAACCCCAACUUGAUGCUAAAAACUUUAACUAUGAGUACGCCAGCUUUACAAAAACCUGCAGGAGGAACACUAAGUCUCCUGUUGCGGUUCCAAAGGGACUUUUCUUGUCAAGUUUUCUAGUAGGUUGGGGCUGACGCUCGGUUUUGGAUGAAGCACAUGUAACAGCAUAUAUUUAUAUAUAUAUAUAUUGUUUAUUUCUUUUUUUCUCUGUAUCCCUAAUUUUCCUAACUGACAAGUCAGUAAAGUGUUGUGUGAUUUAUAAAUUAGCAUUUACUUCCACUUUAUAUUUUACACGAGUGCUUAAUGUGUGUCGGUGCCUUACCUGUGUGACGCUUACUUAGAAAUACACGUGGAAUAAAGCUUGCCAAAGUCACAUUUGUAAUACACUUGUAUUUAAGGAAUUAACAGUGUUAUUUGGGAGCUUUUUUUUCUCCUUUCUUAAUAAAUCUUUGUAUUUUUGUCAUGAUA